AUGACAGAUAUUCCUGGAGUGAAGCUUGGAAGCCAAGGCCUGGAGGUUUCUAAGUUAGGAUUUGGGUGUAUGGGCCUUAGUGGAGUGUACAAUGAUCCUGUUCCUGAAUAUGUUGGCAUCUCUUUGAUCAAACACGCAUUCAACAAAGGGAUAACUUUCUUUGAUACUUCAGAUGUUUAUGGUGCACAUGCCAAUGAAGUUUUGGUCGGAAAGGUUGACUAA